AGCAAGUUUUUUUUUUUUUUACGAUAAUAUUUUUUCCAAGAAGUGAUUUGUGAUUUUUAAUUUACUUGACUUGGAGUUUGGAACAAAAUGAAUCAGCGUGAAUGAUGAUAGUGAGUAAGAGACAUAUAACAAUUGACAUUUAUAAAAAGGGGGAUACAACGUAAAACAGAUAGCACUUGCGAAGGUGAACAAGUUAAUCCCAGGAAAAUUUUAGUAUCCACAUGACAAGUACACUGCCAAGUAUUGUGCACUUAUCAUGGACUUGACUACAUUAAUAUUAUCUGUUAUAACAACAUUUAUUUUAAUAAAAAUAAUACAUUUAUUUUAUAAUAAUUAUUUGUUGUUUAAAAAAAUUAAUAAAAUUCCAUCACCCAAAACUAAAAUACCACUUAUUGGCUGGACAUUUGAAGUUGUCAGUGUAAAAGUAGAAGAACGUAAUAAAUGGUUUCAUAAUAUAUCACGUCAAUUUGAAGAUGGAUUAUUUUAUACGUGGCUUGGAAGUUUUUCAGUUCACCUGAAUAAACCUCAACAUGCUGAAAUUAUACUACGUCAUACAAAGCAAAUUAAUAAAUCUUUUUUUUAUAAAUUUCUUGAACCAUGGCUGGGAUUUGGUUUAUUAAAUUCAACAGGUCAAAAAUGGGCUCAUGAUAGAAAAUUAAUAACUCCAGCAUUUCAUUUUGGUAUUUUGGAAGAAUUUUCAGAAAUAAUGGUUGAAAAAGCAGCUAUUUUAAAUGAAAAAUUAAAGGCUAAAGUCAAGUUAAAUGGUGAUGAUUAUUUUGAUGUGUUUGAUAUGAUUGGAAAAUGUGCACUUGAUAUUAUAUAUGAAACUGCUUUGGGAAUGAAUGUACACGCUCAAGAUGACGUUGAAAAUGAAUACAUCAAAGCUGUUCAUACAAUAUCUACAAACGCAGUUGCACGAGCAAUGCGAUUAUGGUUAAAAUCAGAUUUUAUUUUUUACAAAACAUCAAGAGGCAAGGCCUUCAAAGAAGCUGUUGAAAUAGCACAUGAUAAAUGCAACAAGGUAAUCAUACACAAACAACAAGAACGAAAAUUAAAAUGUAAUCAAGAUAAUUCAAGUCUCGAUGUAGCUAAUGAUAUAGGAAAAAAAAAAAGAAGAGCUUUUUUGGAUUCUUUGCUUGAGGCAAGUGAAAAAAGUGAAAGACCUUUGACCAUGGAUGAAAUACGAGAACAAGUCAAUACAUUUAUGUUUGCGGGACAUGAUACAACUUCAGCAUUAAUUAGUUGGACACUUUUUUGUCUUGGAAAUGACGAUGAAAUACAAAAAAAUGUUCAUGAAGAAAUUGAUGAUGUCUUUGGUGAUUCUGAAGAAUUAACAAAUACAAAAGACUUGGCAGAGUUAAAAUAUCUUGAUAGAGUAAUAAAAGAAGUACUCCGACUUUAUCCAAGUGCACCAACAAUAAGCAGAAAAUUAACUGAAGAUUUACAAUUUGGUAAAUAUACUGUUCCUGCUGGUUGUAAUUUAAAUUUGCAUAUUUAUCAACUACAUCUGGAUCCUGACAUAUGGCCAAAUCCAAAAAAAUUUGAUCCAGAUCGAUUUUUAGAUUCAAACAAACGACAUCCAUAUGCCUACGUACCAUUCUCAGCUGGACCAAGAAAUUGUAUUGGGCAAAAAUACGCUCAACUUGAGGCUAAAAUGGUUUUAACUGAAAUACUCAGAAAAUGGAAAGUUAAAAGUCGAGAUACUCAUGAAACAAUGAAAUCAUAUACUGCUGUUAUUUUAAGACCUUGUGAGGGUUUAUAUUUAAAAUUUGAAGAUAGAAAAAAAAACAAAGUUACUUUCAUGGACUUGACUGUAUUAUUAUUGAUAUCAAUUUUAUUAAUAUUGAUUAUUUUCAAAAUUUUAAAAUAUAGCAUUGAAUAUGUUAUUUGGUAUAAAAAGGUAUCGAAAAUCCCAAUGCCCCGUACAAAGUUUCCAAUAAUUGGAUGGGCUUUAGAAGUACGAAAACGUAAAAUUGAAGAAAUUGACAAAUGGCUCCAUGAAGUAUCGAAAGAUUUUGAAGAUGGCAUAUUUAGAACGUGGCUUGGAAUAACAUCAGUUCAUGUUAAUAAACAAGAAUAUGCUGAAAUUAUUCUUCGUGAUACAAAACAAAUAACAAAAUCAAAUCUUUAUAAAUAUUUUGAGCCAUGGUUUGGAUUUGGUCUUGUUAAUUCAUCAGGUACAAAAUGGGCUCAUGAUAGAAAAUUAAUAACACCAGCAUUUCAUUUUAGUAUUUUAGAAGAAUUUGCUGAAGUUAUGGUAGAAAAAGCAGCAAUAUUAAACAAAAGGCUAGAAGAUAAAAUAAAAUCAAAUGGCAAUGAUUAUUUUGAUACAUUUGAAAUAAUUGGAAAAUGUGCACUUGAUAUUAUUUACGAAACUGCUUUGGGAAUGAAUAUUCAUGCACAAGAUGACAUUGAAGGUGAUUAUAUUCAAGCAGCCCGAACAUUAACAGAUAGUAUAACUGCACGAAUAUUUCGUCCAUGGUUGAAAUUUGAUUUCAUUUAUUAUCGAACAGCAAGAGGUAAAAAUUUUCAAAGAGCAGUUGAUAUUGCCCAUGAUAAAUGUAAUCGAGUGAUUGAGUACAAGAAAAAAGAACGAGAGCGCAAAUCUAAAAUGAAUAAUUUUAAUUUAGAUACAAUUGAUGAUAUAACAGGAAAAAAAAAAAGAAGAGCUUUUUUGGAUCUUUUGCUUGAGGCAAGUGAGAAUAAUGAAAGACCUUUGACCAUGGAUGAAAUUCGAGAACAAGUCAAUACAUUUAUGUCUGCUGUAAAUAUAAAUAAAGGACACGAUACAACAUCGGCUUUAAUUAAUUGGUUUUUAUUUUGUGUUGGUAAUGAAGUUGAUGUACAAAAUAAACUUCAUGAAGAAUUAGAUGAAGUUUUUGGUGAUACAAAUGAAUUGGUAACAACAAAAGAUGUAUCAAAAAUGAAAUAUCUUGAUAGAGUUAUUAAAGAAGUACUUCGACUUUAUCCAAGUGUCACAAGAGUUGGAAGAUAUAUUACUGAAGACAUGCAAUUUGGUAAAUAUACUGUUCCUGCCGGUUGUAAUUUGACUCUUCACAUCAAUCAAAUUCACAUGGACCCUAACAUAUGGCCAAAUCCAACUAAAUUUGAUCCAGACCGAUUUUUACCAGAAAAUUCAAUAAACAGAAAUCCAUAUGCCUAUAUUCCAUUUUCUGCUGGACCAAGAAAUUGUAUCGGUCAAAAAUAUGCACAACUUGAGGUGAAAAUAGUCCUUGCUGAAAUUUUACGAAGAUGGAAAGUUACAAGUCGAGAUAGCCAUGAAUGCCUCAAAACAUACUCUGCCAUAAUAUUUAGACCACUUGAUGGAUUAUAUUUAAAAUUUGAAGAAAGACAUAACAUUUCGUUGUUGAGUAAUUUAAGUGUUCUUGAAUCUUCAGCAACAUCACCAUCAGAAGGAAAAAUUUUUUAA